UCCAAUCAAGCCCAUGACAGAAUCGUGCAGGCAGGCUAGUGGCUAACAAGUUGGCUCUAAAUCGCUGGUAUUUGAAAGUAGAGAGCAUACUAGAGAUAGUGAAGUUAAUCUUUUCCCGUUCAAACUAUAAUACUGGACCUACAUGACGCGGGUGGUCUAAGGAGGACGCCAGCCAUCACAGGCUGAAACAGUGACUGCCUAAUAAUAAACAUUAACACGUCGUCAGCUAACAGUUAGCAGACAGACAAACGCCUGUCCAUAAGGACUGAGUGAAUAUUUAGAGCCAGUGUUUCCCUGCGUGAGCCAGUCGUACAACCCACCGGCAGUCCCCCAACGAAGAAAAGGCUGUCCCAACUUAUACUCUAACGUGAACCUUUCGAGGAAUAGUCUACAUUUAGUUAAAGGCAUUUAAUGUUAGCCCCUUUGCAGCCGCACGGUGAGGACGCGAAGUGCCAUACAGCAAAGUGAUAUGCAGUCGUCAGAGCAGCGCUGACAGGUCUGACUCUGGUUAAAUACAACCAUGGAGUCCUCCUCUGAGUCCCAGCAGGAGCCUGAGAAAACUUUGGUCUUCCUGCCAGAGACCAGAGACAGAUCUCACCAUGCAGAGUUGAGAGAGCACCAUGCCACCUCCGCUGCUGUAGUGUGCAGUGAUGAGACCGUCCUUCUGACCCCAGGCAGGAUGAGCCAGCGCCAGGUGAAGGAGCGGGACAAAGAGAGGGAGAAGGAGGCGGGCCUCCAAACGCCCAACAGGGAGCAUGUCGCCACCCCUUCAACUCUCAGCCCGGGGGUCAGCUACAGCCACGGUUUCGAGAGAGGGAAGGAGGACCUCUUGCCUCUGCCUUUGAAAGAGGACUCACAUUCCAUAUCUAAGAGCAAGUCUGAAACAAAGCUGUACAAUGGCUCGGACAAGGAUGUCUCAGCGUCUGGAGGAAAGCUCACCAAGAAGGAGUCACUCAAGGUGCAGAAGAAGAACUACAGGGAAGAAAAGAAGAGGGCAACUAAGGAGCUGCUCAGCACCAUCACUGAUCCUUCUGUCAUCGUCAUGGCCGACUGGCUAAAGAUCCGUGGCACUCUGAAGAGCUGGACCAAGCUGUGGUGUGUGCUAAAACCAGGCGUCCUGCUCAUCUAUAAAACCCACAAAAAUGGCCAGUGGGUGGGAACGGUGCUGCUCAACGCCUGCGAGUUAAUCGAGAGGCCCUCCAAGAAAGACGGCUUCUGCUUUAAACUCUUCCACCCGCUGGAGCAGUCCAUCUGGGCUGUCAAGGGUCCUAAAGGAGAAGCAGUGGGCUCCAUCACGCAACCAUUACCCAGCAGCCACCUCAUCUUCCGUGCUGCCUCUGAGUCUGAUGGUCGAUGCUGGAUGGAUGCCUUAGAGCUGGCCCUGAAGUGCUCCAGCCUGCUGAAGAGGACCAUGAUCCGCGAGGGGAAGGAGGACAUGAGCACAGUAGCCACUGGUGGAGAACACUCCAUUAAUUUCUACAGCCUCCUCCGAGCCCACAACAUGCACGGUUUCCAGUUCAGUGACAGCGACCAUUUGAAAGAUCCGGACCUGUACUCAGAUAAGUCAGACCGGGAGGGAGAGCAGGACCAUGAGGAGUCAGACCCAGAAGGUCUGGAGAAGAGCGAGGAGAGUGACAGCGACACGUCAGAGCGCCAAGACGACUCAUACAUUGACCUGGAUCCUAAUGAACACCUGCGAGAAACCCCGUACCUGGAACAGUCCCACGAGGAGCUGGGAGAGGCUGGUGAGGCUGCCCAGACAGAGACAGUAUCAGAGGAGAAUAAAUCUCUGAUCUGGACUUUGCUGAAGCAGGUCCGACCUGGCAUGGACCUGUCCAAGGUGGUGUUGCCCACCUUCAUCCUGGAGCCAAGAUCCUUCUUGGACAAACUCUCUGACUACUACUACCACGCAGACUUCCUAUCAGAGGCUGCAAUUGAAGAGAACGCCUACAACCGGAUGAAGAAGGUGGUGAAGUGGUACAUCUCUGGGUUUUACAAAAAGCCAAAGGGGUUGAAGAAGCCUUACAACCCCAUUAUUGGGGAGACAUACCGCUGCAUGUGGCUCCACCAGAGGACCAACAGCAAGACCUUCUACAUCGCCGAGCAGGUAUCCCAUCAUCCUCCGGUGUCAGCCUUCUAUGUCAGCAACAGGAAGGAUGGAUUCUGUGUCAGCGGCAGCAUCCUUGCUAAGUCCAAGUUUUACGGAAAUUCCCUGUCGGCCAUAUUAGACGGGGAGGCUCGGCUCACUUUUCUCAACCGAGGAGAGGACUAUGUGAUGAACAUGCCCUACGCCCACUGUAAAGGCAUCCUGUAUGGCACCAUGACCCUGGAGCUGGGUGGCCAGAUCACCAUUGCAUGUGAGAAAACAGGCUACAGUGCUCAGCUGGAGUUCAAGCUGAAGCCAUUCCUUGGCAGCAGCGACAGUGUCAAUCAGAUCUCGGGAAAGAUCAAGCUGGGAAAGGAGGUGUUAGCUACGCUAGAAGGACACUGGGACAGCGAGAUCUUCAUCAAUGACAAGAAGACAGGAACAGUGGACACCUUCUGGAACCCAACAGCAGAGCUGAGACAGAGUCGACUGACCCGCUGCACCGUCCCACCAGAGGAGCAGGGAGAGUAUGAAUCAGAGAGACUGUGGCAGCACGUGACGAGGGCCAUCAACAACAAGGACCAGACAGAGGCCACCAAUGAGAAGUUCAUUCUGGAGGAAGCUCAGAGGAAGUCGGCUCGCGAGCGGAAAGCCAAAUGCGAGGAGUGGAUCCCUGCCCUGUUUGAGCAGGACCCCAUCACCGGAGAGUGGCAUUACAGAUAUGCCGACACAAGGCCAUGGGAUCCACUCAAUGACCUGAUCCAGUUUGAAAAAGAUGGCUGCAUCCAGACCAAGGUCCGACACCGCACCCCUAUGGUACGUUCUGGCAGUCUUAUUAGUCUGAGUAACCAGGGGCCGCGGAGGGACAAUUGCAAGUGCCAGGUAACGGUGCCAAAGAGGAAACACAAGAGCGACAAACCCAAAAGCCCAGAGAGUGGCUGCUCUUCACCUGAACCCGACCGCCAAGACUCAUCUGGCAGUGAAAGACACAAAAGCAAGCAUAACAGUCGGCUGAGGAAAAAAGGAGCUGACCUCAGUGAACUUCAAAGUGCCAUUGAAUCUAUAAAGCAGACGCAGGAGGACAUUAACAGGAGCAUCAGUGUGCUGCGGAGUCGUGAGGCAAGCCGGGUGGAGAGCGGCUCCUUCCUCCAACAGCGCGACUACGUCAUCAUUGUUUUUCUCAUCCUCCUUCAGGUCCUGAUCAACUAUGUUUUUAAGUAGCAGCCAUAUCCCAGAGAGAGAGUGAUGCCCUUACACACACACACACACACACACACACAGAUAUAUAUACACACAUGUAUUCUCACACUCUCUGAGCCUUAGGCGUCACAAUGGGGUACUAAGAGACACAAACUUUGACCUUUCACGAUAAGUGACGACAACAGUCUCCUCCAACUCUCUGUCUCUGUCUUUAUUAAAUCCAACUGCACAUGUCCAGAAAAGUGGAGAUUUCAACACAAAAAGAGACUUUUUAAAACUCUUUAUUUAUUUUUAACCAGUCCAUUCCAAAACUCUUGAGAGAUCCACAGAUUUCAAAGCGGAGAGGAGCGGUGAUAAGGAGAAGUUGAUGGAGGUGAGAUUUUGGUGUGGUGAAGUCUCGGCUGCCACUCUGGAGCUCAUUGAUUUGCCUUGAUGUAAGAGGCAGCAGCCAUUUUUUAGCUGUUCUUUGUGUUUUUUUUGUUUUUUUUUUUUUCCCGAUGGAGUGGAACUACUCUGUUGAUUCACAUUUCACCUCAAACAACAGGGAACCUUUUAACAUGGAGAUGAGUACCAUGACUCAGAUGGUAACACAGAUAAAAAAAAAAAAAAAAAACAACCUUUAAUUUUAAUGUUUUUUUUAUUGUUUUGUUUCUUUGCUUGGUGUGUCCUUUGUGAAUAGGGGUCUGAUUGGGGGAAAAAACAUUGAUAAGGGAGAAAAAAAACAAAGUGGUCCAAAUCUAUGUGAGUUUUAUUUUUUUAUUAUCACACACUUUCAUAUCGGCUGGGUUUUUGAACAUGUGGAAACGGACAAGAAAGAUAAAUAACACAAGUGAUAUUGUCAAAAGGAACAGAAGCUAUAAUUUCUGCUGUAUAAUAAAACUUUACCUUUUGUAUACAGAGUCAAUGUUUAAAAAAAAAAAAAAGUCAGAUGUUUGACACAACGUCAUUGUAUACUGUAGGUAGCAUGUACAGACAGGAGUGUGGUUAGGACAUUAGCCCUAUGUACAGUAUUUUGUUUCAAGGCACAAAUGCACUGGAAAUGUUUGUAUCACAAUACUUUUACAUUUCUGCUCUGAGGAGGAUGAAAGAAGAUGAUUUUAGUGAUUUUUAAUGAGCUUCAGUGACCACUGCCCUAGUUACAGGUAAGGGACUAUGUCAGAGUGUUUGUAGUGAGAAGUUGGCCUCAGCAAGGCAAGACAUGGAGUCACCACAGCUAAGUGAUGCAGUCUUAGACCUAAUGACAUGUUAAACGAAUUGAUUAGGGAAUGCACUUAGUCUGACAGUUGACAAAAAUCAAUGCCACGCUCAUAGAGCAUCAAUCAUCGCUUCCAGUGCUUUUGCGCCUCCGAUGUUAACCAAGAAAACUAGAGAUAGAUACUUUAGUAAGCUACAAUUGAGAGGAGAAGAUAGACUUUUUCUACUUACUACUAUCACCAUAGUAUACCAUUCCAAAUGUACUCAAGUACCAGCCAAACUCAGUGUGUAGAGUAGGAGUCGGCCCUGUUCACUGUGUAAAUAUCCAAUGGGACGGCUCGUUCCUCGCGAGUAGCGCGUGGCGUUUCAACAACACCAAGGUUCGCAAUACAGACACUCCUGCGCUCUGUGCACAAGCCAGUCUUCUCAACUUUGUGUGUCUUUGUGUCCACUGCUCUGUAGAUACACAUGGACAUAGGUUAAAAAAAAAAAAACAACAACAACAACAACAAAAAAAAAACAAAUUAGUGGGGUACACAAUUAGAUUCCAGUUGAAAAUGUAUCCAGAUGGCCUCAAGAUGCUUCUGUUGAUUCAGCAGUACUUACUUGCACUUUUUGAAAAUUUAAACAUCAUACCCUGAAAAUGUACAACCUUAUGAGGACUGUGGCUUAUGAAGACUAAGGUAGUUUUAAAUUUUUGAAACAAACAGUAUGCUAGAUGAGUUGCACAGUACGCAAGAAGACAAAUGGAGUCCAGAAUUAAACAGCCCACAUAGUAGUUGCUCAUGAGGACUGACAAAGUUAAGGUCCCAGUGGUUUAGGUUGAUACUGAACAUUUAGUUGGCACUGACCUUUAGCUGUGUAUGUUUUCAGUAUCGGCCAUGGAUGCAUGGAGGCAGCAUACUAGUACUCAUACCUGACCUUUAUACCACAGUCUUAUCAGGGUUUUCUUCAGAGUAAGUAACUGUAGCAAGUAACUGCUAACUGAGGCCAUUCAAAAAGAUCUAACCCACUUAUGGACCAUAUUGGAGCAUUGAUUUUGUAUCUCUUCGCCUGUCAUUAUGUUAGCCUUGUCAACGUUUACAUAUCCGAUUGCCUCCGCCAUCAGCAGACUGUUAAGCGAUGAAAGCUUUGUAACGCUAACACAGGUAUAAAGAAAAACUGGUAGCAUCAUCGGGAGCCAGCUGUACCCCCCGUAAGUUACCCGGCUGGCCCGUGUGUAUCUGUACGUGUGUUUUCGUGUAUCCUCAUUGCCUCAAUCGCUCAUCUUAAAUAGAGAAUCCAGAUAUUAGAAUGUGGAGAAAUAAGUAUAUACCAGUGCCUUCUAGAGUCUGACUGGGGAGGGGGUAGGGAGGGGGUUUAGCAGAGUUGAUAGGAGGAUGGCAGGGAUGAUUGGGGGGUGUGGUGUGGUGCAUACAGAUGUAGCCAGAGUCCAAGUCUUAAAGUAUGUGAAUGGUGAAGGGAAUGACCUGGAUUAAAAGCAGAGGGCCCUCCCUCCUCCCUGCAGCACUUGGACUGGGACUCCAGGACUCUGGCUGCAGCUGCACCUGCAGUCACUGUAGUGUUUUAGAGCAGAUGUGCCAUAUGAAGCCUUAGAAAUGAGUCUGACUCCGGCUCCACAGCUCGCCACCCCACCCACCUCCUGCCUCCUCUCCUGAAGUGUCACCAUAGUAACGCACCUGUAGGCUUCCGGAUGCUGAUUCCUGCCACAGGAGAGAGGGAGGGAGAGAGACCUCUCCUCUCCAUUGUUGUCCUUGUCUCUCCCUCACUCUCUCACACACCAAAUUCAGAGGGAAAUUAACAUCUCCGCUGUCUGUUUGUUGUUGCUGUGUCUGUAAAAUAAUACAUUUUAUUUAUGACUCUUUUGUAUGUGGGUUUAUGUUUUCUUUUUUUUCUGCUUGUAGCGUUAGAUCACUGUUCUCUUUCCUUGUUUAAUGUUUUUCAAAAGUGAUUUUAAAAUCACACACAGUUGGUUUUAUUCCACUCGUUACUUGACAUCAUACACAAGCAACUGUCCUCAACUUGUGCACACUGUCAACUGACAACUGCCCCACAAUCCCCUCCACCACCACCAUCACACACACAAAUACACACACACACACACACACCCUUUUUCCUAUCUGAGUACCUGAAUAUAUUCACUGUAUUUCCAUGGCAACUAUAACUUCUUAGAAGUUUAUGGUCACAUGUAACAUAACACAAUAAAAACAAAUGACAUCC